UGGUGAUCAUGCAGGCCCAUGGCCUAGACCAGUGGCCCACAUUGCACUUGGUGGGCGCGCUGGUCUACCAUCUCCCCAAGAGGGAGAGUGGACGUCAUAAUUUGUGGUAGAGGGGGUACGCGUUCGCGCGGCCCCUGCCAAUUCUAACAAAUUAAACUUUGGUCCCUGGGCCUGCAUUAAAAGUUGUUUUUGGUCCGGCUUCGAGCCUUCAACGCGGCCCGUUUAAUCGGCCCAUAAGAUGGGCAGUGUCUGUUUCAGUCACAGAUUUCGGCCCAUUUCGCAGUUCCUCCUUCCUCGUCGGGGAGACAGGGAGAGAUGCUGAGGGUCUCGGAGGACUGGGGACGGCGCUGGGCGGCCCAAGCCGCCGGGUACGGCGACCUCGGCCGCGCCCUCCUCGACUUGCAGGCCGCCGCAGACCAGGUCUUCGACACCGUCUCCAAGCGUACCGCCGAGGAGCGCGAGAAGCUUUCGGCCAUUUCGAUGCGAAUCAAAGCGGCCAAGGCUACAGAUAAGUUUCCCAAAACCAAAGAUGGCACAUAUUUGGAGAAUCUUUUACAGACAGCAAACCAUCCAGCUCUGGGAAACCAUUUGGCAUCUGACACCAAGAGUGAUGAAUUGCCACCUCCACCACCGAGUCUACUACCAAAACACCUUGCAAGGACUCAAUUUGUCAACAUUGACAGCUUGCCUUCACCUGUUCUUCAAUUCUUCAUGUCAUGCUCAUGCAUGAACGCAGGAAUUCUGAAUACCACUGCUUACUGGGAAGACAAAAUUGCAAUGAGUUAGAGAAAGCACUUAGCACAUGUACCCAAUAAAAAAAAGGCAAUAACUUUGUAUUGUGACCCUUAUUGUAAAAAGCUUAAUGAGCAAUUGCUUUAGAUUGGAAUGUAUAUUGUUCUUCGAAAUAGUUCUUGAUUGAAUGUAAUCCUUCCGAAGUUGAGAACUAUUUCGAGCUGAGUUCCACCUUUUGUUUUCCUUGAUACAGGAAACAGUCCAUUUCUCUAUUAACAGUCUUAUUUGCUUAUUGCCUUAA